CUGUAAUCUACAGAAUCACGCUCUUAUUUGAACUAUUAAACAGAUAAGAAUGUGUUCUGUACGCCAUGAACUUUUCUUCCUCGAGCCUCGUUCUAAAUAAGAAUAAUGAGAAGUUCUGUUGCAACCCUGGUUGUCACAUGCUUAACAUUUGGGUACGUCAUUGGAGCUGGUCCCCUUUGCUUAAAGUGCCAAGAUGCCGCGUCCAUUGAGGAAUGUAGACAGCAAAGCAGAGCCCCUUGUGGAGAAAACGAGAAUUGCUUUUUGAGGAAAUAUACAACAGAUAAUUUGGAAAUCAGAUUUGAAGCUGGCUGUCUUUCCAAAACGACAUGCGCACUUUUAAACUCUCUGACCACACUAGGGAGGAGAAGUGUUUGGGGACUAGAUUUGGUGAGACCAAAGAAGGACGUAACCAACUGUUUCCAGUGCUGUGGAGCCUCAGCAACAGACAGCGGUCCUUGUAACUCUCACCUCUGUGGCCAAGUUCCAAAUACUGAACUGGUGACCUGUAAAGUUUGUGUUGGAGUGCAUGAUCACAUAGCCAGUUGUUCUCGGGAAGAUGUCUGUCCACCAACUGAGGCAUGUUAUACUGGUAUCCGAGUCGUGGGGACCGAGGCAAAGUACGUCUUUGGAUGCGCUAAUAAACGAAUUUGCAGAUCUUUGGCGAUGGACAGCAAAAUGAAGAGGGUAAUACACGGCGAUGUCGGUCUAAAUAUAUGUGACGCUUGUUGUGUUGGGCGAAACUGUAAUGAGGCAGAAUGUUUUGCUUUAAAGAAAGUGAUGAAGCUCAGUGACUACCUUUCGAACAUCACAUCAACACAACAAGCUGUUGUUUAAGUAAUUAAAACAUUAAUGGGUUUCUUUAUAAAAAUAAAAUCAAAAUACUUUUAACGGUUUUUCCUUUUUAGAUAGGAACAUAUGAAUUUUUGCACUUAUCAAUUAUUUUUUGUUUGUAAAUUUUAUGAUUUAAUAUUUAUGAUAUUCGAUGAUACAUUUUUGUAUUUACCACAACCCAUUUGACUUGGCGUAGGCCAUUGAAAACCGCAUGGGUCAAAUUUCAUUUUAUUAAAUCAAUAACCUGAUAUAAAAA